AUGGCUGACCAAUCCAGAUCAAAGGUGAUCAAGGACAAUCCUAUUGGAUAUAGCCUUGACGCCCUCCGCAAUUCCUUCAGCUCGAUCUGUGAGGGCAAGAGCAUCCCUUGGUCACUAGAUGGCCUAAAUCAACUGGGUCAAGAAGAUCUUCAAACCCUCACCCUUGAUCUCCUUUCGACACUUCAAUCACUUCGAACGCCGCGUCUCCUUCGCUCCGCCAGCAGUGGUAAGAACCUGCUCGGCGACCUCUCAAGACUUAUAUUCGCCGUCAAUUCCGACGAUUUCUAUCUCGACCGCGUCAAACCACUUUUGAACGCAGUUCUCAUCCAGAGGGCGUCCGACUCUGAGAUCUGGAGCGCUGUGUUUGAUCUCACCACGUUCACCCGACAAGGUGUCGAACAGACACGUGACGUGGUGGAAAAAAAAGUCUUCGAGGAGAUAAGACUCUGCACAUAUCGCGAUGUGGAAGGAUUUUUUGAGAAAUACUUCGAGGGGAAAGACUGGACACGCCGUGCUUUGGACACCUAUGAGGAAAUGAAGGACCAUCACGUCGAUGGCGAGUGGACCGACAUUCCUGACCCGCCCGUACAGGCCGAAGUUCUAGACUGGUGGUUUCGAUUCCAGGAAGUCUUCUGCUCGGAGGAACGACGCCGCUACUAUUCGACCACGCGCCCGAAGGACCUUGUCGGUGCUGAAGCUCAGCGACAAAUUGAUCUCUUUGUCAAGCGAAAGCAUGGGCAGCCGCCAGACGCCGCGCACGACUGGAGAGAUGUUGACGUGAUUGGUGAGCUCAAGGCGUCCAAUAACAACAAAAAGGCGACGCUUCUCCAGCUCGGCCGAUACGUGCGAGACGUUUUCUCCUGCCAACCGACACGUCGUCCUGGUGCGUUCGAUAUCCACAAAAAGCCCGAACGGUUCAUUCAGGUGAUCGCCGGUUACACAAUGAUGAAUGACGAAGAGCUGGGCUUGGACAUAUUUACAGAUCGGGAUGGCGACGGUCGUCUGAUAUACAUUGAGCAGGAUGGGGCUUCAGGCAGGAAGAGGCUGCGGUUGGACUCGCAGCCUUUCACCCAUCAACGAGCAAUCGUCUGCCGCGGGACUUGUUGCUACCUCACGAAGCCUUCGGACGCCGAGGAUUGGAGUUGUGUCUCCAAGCUUUCGUGGACGUCCGACAGGCGAAAGCCAGAGGAAGACCUUCUCAGACUGGCGCAUCAGAGAGGCGUCGAGGGCAUUGCUAAGUUGCGCAAGUCUAGCCAAGGGCAGAAUGAGGUUACGUACGAUGUGGAGGACGUGCAGGGGACGAGUUUGCUGGCUCCCACCAACGGACCCUAUGAUAAUCGAGUUUUUCGAUGUCUAGUGAUCUCCCCAGCCGGCCGGGCGAUUCACAAGCACAAGAAGAAAUCGGAGCUUCUCGGGGCGCUCCGCGACGCCAUCAAAGCACAUAGGUCCCUGUACCUCAAAGGCAACAUCCUGCACCGGGAUAUUUCCGAGAACAACAUCAUCAUAACCGACAGCAAAACGACUGGCCACAUGGGCAUGCUGAUUGACCUGGACCUUGCCAGAGAGCUGGGCAGCGGGCGCAGCGGGGCGCGCUGUCGAACUGGCACGAUGGAGUUCAUGGCAAUUGAGUGCGCGCGUCGUGGCUGGGGUAGCGAGUGGCCGAAAGACGCUCUGAUAACAAAAUGGUACACUGGCAGCUACCGAGAAAUUGCGCACGCUAAACGAGGAGACAUGGGUGUUGAUGGGUUUGAAGAUAUUCUGGAAGAGUUUCCGCCUCAUUUCGACUGUUUUAAGUCACUCUGCAGAGAAAUGCGAGGGAUUUUGUUUCCUUACCGGGGGGGUCUGUUCGUUGGGACACCCAAGGACCCGGAGAUUCUUUACGAGCCGAUUAUCAAAGCCUUCGGCAAGGCUAUUGAUGAUAUCAUGGCUAUGGAAGGAUAA